AUGUCGACGAGGGAAUCGGGAUUUCUGCCGACAAUCAAAUGCUCGCAAUGCGGUUCGCAAGUGGAGAUUUCGAUGAUGGGAGAUCACAUCUGUAGCGGCGAUAGCGAGACGUCGCAAUUAUCACCACCGCCGGAAGCAGACGAGUCCUUCGGAAAGCAACCUAAUCCCCAGCCUAGGCUUCCGCGCAAGCCUGUGGGAGUGGACACGGGCGCUGCGAAUCGUCCGUUCAUGCGCCAUGACCCUUUGACACCUGUCAGCCAUCACAGUGACUCUCCACGAACACCCUAUAGCGGCUUGCCGUCGGCCAGAUCUACGGAAUACUUCUCCAAUGCUACUGGCACAUCGCCCGAAAGCGCCCGCCGGCCCAGCGGCUAUGGUGGCCCAAGCGAUGGUUCAAGCUAUACAACAGACCCCAUGCCGAGCCCUGGGGCCAGUGUGUUCCAGAGGAUGGAGAACCUCGUUCCAGGGCCUUUUGAUCAUCGUGCAACUGAGGUCGUCUCACCAUUACGCAAACGUUCACUUACACCAAGUGCGACGUUCCCAGGCGACCGACCUGGCACCGCGAAUUCUCACCUUUCCGCCGCCAGUGGCGAGAGUCUCGCUGCGCCUAGGCCUCACAAAGCCUCGUACGAUGGGUUUGGGCCUCCAUCUAGGGCAGAGUCGGGGCCCGAGCAGGACAUGCCCGCUCUGGGCUAUCUUAUCCGCUCAGAGACGUUUCCACGGCCUUCUGACGUAGCAGGGCCACCCGCGCGAACGCCUUCCGCCCCCGGGACGCGGAGAGAGAGCUCGAGGCGAUCGGCAAUGGGCAGCACACACAUACCAUCAAUGGGUCCCGAUACAUCGCGGCGACCUCCUCCGCGAAAGAGUCUCAUCCCUGCUGCACACAAAAACGCCGGAUCUGUGGAUUUGGCGAAAGAGUUUGGUGCCAGCAACCCGUACCAUACUCCGUCGGAUUCGGCCUCUUCUGGCUACUCUGGCUUUAGCCAGCCGAGUCAUCCCAGUUCACAAACAAGCCCUGCGAGGUCACCGCCCCGAAGGCAGCCAUCUCACGACUUGCGCAUCGAGCAGGAGGUAGAGACUGCUGCGGCACCCGCAGCCAUGUCGCCAGCUACCUCCCCCAGGGACUAUGGCGCUCAGCACCCAUCGACUGAGACGGCUUCCCCGGCGCGUAGUGACUCUCUACUUCGCACUGGCCUGACACCUCAGGCUCCUCAAGUUGUGCGCAGAGGCACGGGCGAUGUGUCUUCCCGUGGCGAUUGCAAAGGAUGCAGUCAACCGAUUGUUGGCAAGAGCAUCUCUUCCGCCGAUGGGCGCCUCACGGGCAGAUAUCACAAGGCUUGUUUCGUCUGCUCAACGUGCGCUGAGCCAUUCUCUUCUGCCGAAUUCUAUGUCUUGAACGACAAACCCUACUGCGAGCAGCAUUACCACAAGCUGAACGGCAGCCUGUGCGGUGGAUGUGGCCGGGGCAUUGAGGGCAAAUUUGUGGCAGACGAGGCCAGCGUCAAGUACCACCUCCGCUGCUUCUGCUGUGCUGACUGCGGGCACGGUCUUACCGACGGCUAUUUCGAAGUAGACGGCCGUGCGUACUGUGAGCAAGACGCCUGGAACAGGGUGAACAGCGUUCCUGCGCCGACCCCGCGGAACGGACCCGGCAACUAUCGUCCUUACCAGCCGGACCCGGGCCUCCACAAGGCCGCGGGCAAAUGCCUCCUCGACCGCCUCAAGGGAUGGGUCUCCCCGGACGUCCAGGUCCCGGACAGGGUGGUCCCCGCCCCCGAGGCCCCGGGUUGGGAGCGGCAAUACCCCGUCCUGGGUACGGCCCUCCAGGAGGAAGGCGGCCGAGCCAGAAUCCAGUGCCAGGGCUGCCUCAUCCCAAGGCAGGCGGAUUGGCACCACCGAGGCCAUUGA